CAUACCAAGCAUUAUUGAACGAGAUUUGGCAAAACACCACAAGAUGUCUGAGGGCAAGCCUUUUUCUGACUGGGGCGUGGUCGAGUGGGACGCCAUUCGCAGGGUGUGGUCCAACCUUCCCGACAUAUUCUGGUUCCUGAUUAUGUGGGGGAUGACCAUGAGCCCGCUGACACCAGACCAGCAGAUUCAUUUACUGAAAGUAUGUUACGAUAUUUCGUACUUGCUCGGGUACAGCACGAUGAUGAUGUGUGUGUAUUUGAAUGCGGGCGACACAUUUUCUGAAAUAGCGCAGUAUGAAAAUGCAAUGUCAUGUUGUACAGCUGCUAUGGAAAUAGCGAAAUCAAAGGAUGACAUUCAGACUCAAGCAGCUUGUUAUCGAUUGAUGGGUGGAAUUCAUUGCAGGCUGCACGAUUACAAUCAGUCAAUGGAGAAUUUUCAACACGCACUUAGUCUAUUUCAAAAGACUGGUGACGAGAGUGGUCAAGCUAAAGCAUACAUCGAUAUGGGUAAUGUGCACAUGUCUCAGGCCAAGUACGAGGACGCGAUGAAUAACUACCAACACGCACAUAGUCUAUUUCAAAAGACAGGUGACGAGCGUGGUCAAGCUAAUGCAUACCUCGGUAUGGGUAAUGUGCACAGGUCUCAUGGCAAGUACGAGGACGCAAUGAAUAACUACCAACACGCACAUAGUCUAUUUCAAAAGACAGGUGACGAGAGUGGUCAAGCUGAUGCAUACCGCGGUAUGGGUAAUGUGCACUGGUCUCAGGGCAAGUACGAGGACGCAAUGAAUAACUACCAACGCGCACUUAGUCUAUUUCAAAAGACAGGUGACGAGAGUGGUCAAGCUAAGGCAUACCGUGGUAUGGGUAAUGUGCACUGGUCUCAGGGCAAGUACGAGGACGCAAUGAAUAACUUCCAACACGCACUUAGUCUAUUUCAAAAGGCAGGUGACCAGGAGGGUCAAGCUAAUGCAUACGGCGCUGUGGCGUGUAUUCACGGAGUUAUUUGUAAAUACGAGGAGGAGAAGAAAUGCAUUCGUCAAGCAAUCAGUCUUGCUGCAACGUUAGAGAACGUGCCGCCCAACCUAGGGGAGCUUGGAGUACUAUACGCGGAAAGUGAAGACUUCAACGAGGCGAACAAGUGUUUCGAAAAGCAGCUUGAUUUAUGUUUAAUGAAUGACGACGUAUUUGGGCAAGCACAUACACAUUUUAUAAUGGGUACACUGCACCUGUCUCAAGGUAACUACGAUAACGCUAUGGAGUGCUGCCUACAAGCAAGAGAUAAGUACGAGAAGAAUGGUAACACGUAUAUCCAAAAUAUUAUAUUAUUGUAUUUGAUGAUGGCUGAAGUGCAUUUUAUUCGUCUUAACUACAAGGAGGCGCUUGAGUACUUCCUGCUUGCAGAAUAUUAUUCUCCGAAAACUAGCACUCACUUACUUUCUAAUUUAUACCAGUGUAUCGGCAAGUUGUAUGUCUGUAUGGGCAAGUUUGAAGAUGCGGAAUCGUAUCUUUUAAAAAGCUUCAUUUGUUACGAGCAAAUCUUCACUAAUCUUGGAAAGCUAGAAGACGCAAAAACUAAUAUCGUAGAUACCUAUAUUGAAGCAUAUCACUUGCUAGUCUUUGGGUCAGUUGUACUCGGGAAAAAGAGCCAAGCCUUGUUGGUGUCAGAGCAAGGAAGAUCGCGCGCCCUUAGUGAAAACCUUCAAACCAAAUAUGGACUUCAAGGAGAUGCAACAAAGAACUCAUUAGACCAAGAAGUAUGUUUGUUAGUCAGUGGUACCUCGCCCUCGUUUGUUGUUGUAUCAUUGAGUGAUAUAUACCUUCACUUAUUCACUCUCUCAUCUCUAACUCCGUUAGUUGUACAUCCCGCAGCAAUGCAAAUGACAGAUGAAGCGGAACAAUGGAUAUCUCUUCUCAGAUACCUGAUCAACAGAGUUAUAUCUGAUGCAAAUCUGCACGUCCGUCAAAAUCGCGAUGAUACCUUUGAAGACAGAUCGCUGGACCUGGACUAUGAUGACGAGUCUGAACAACAACACGUGCUGACAGAACUCGCAAGGGUAACACUAGGGUCCAAGGGCUCAGAGAAGACGAAUGAAAUCGGAGGCGAAUCAAGCGGAAACAAAAGAGACAAGAGUGUCGCCAAGAUGUGGGGCGGAGAUAGUGAGUGUCACCUUGCUACCAGGUCUCCUUUACCACAUACCACAGGAAAACCGAAGGCGAGUGACGAGGGUACUAGCGGUAAAGUACCACAGGAGCACGAAGAAGACGUCUGUUCGCCAUCCCCAAUAGGCAGUGCCGAGACACAGAGAGGGUCCGGUCUACUAAAAGAGCUGUACCGGAUACUGAUUGAACCAAUUGAGAAGGAACUCACCCAAGUUGAAGUCGUGUUUGUUCCUGAAGGAGUUACGUUCAUGGUCCCAUUCGGCGCUCUGCAGUCGCCAGACGGGAGAUUCCUCGCUGAGAAAAAGGCAAUUCGUUUCGGCCCAUCACUCACUACUCUUAAGUUACUGCGAGAAUGUCCUGAAGACAAGCACUGCAAACAUGGUGUACUUGUCGUUGCGAAUCCAAGAUCGAACGCAAACAUAUUUACACGCAACAGGAGUGGAGCCGACGUGGUGAUGUCUUUUCACGAGAGGUUUGCAAAUCUCCCUGCAGCAAGUAAGGAAGCUAUCAAGAUCAGAGAAAUACUGCCCGACGUGACAUGUUUGAUCGAGUACCAAGCGACCAAGAAUGCGGUGAUGCAGAGUCUCGAGAAAGGCGUCGGUGUUAUACACAUCGCUUCGCACGGUGACUCACAGACGGGUGAAAUAUUAGUCGCACCAGAACCACGCAUGGAUAAGCAUGAUACCGCCGAAAAAGAGGAAUACCUCCUGACGAUGAAGGAAAUCAGCUCGUGUCAGAUCAACGCAAGUCUGGUCGUGCUCAGCUGCUGUCAUAGCGGCAGAGGCCAGAUCAGAGCCGAGGGCGUGAUGGGUCUGGCGCGAGCGUUCCUCGCUGCAGGAGCUCGCUCCGUGCUCGCAACGCUGUGGACUAUUGGCGACAAUGCCACACUGGAGCUCAUGGAACGCUUCUAUCGUCACCUGGCCAGCGGAUUGUCAACUAGUGCAAGUCUCAAGCGGACAAUCCGGGACACCAUCUCAAUGAAUGAUAAAUACAGCCACCCCUAUUACUGGGGCGCGUUUGUUCUCGUCGGUGAUGACGUCACUAUACGGUAGAGACGUAGAAGGGAAGUUUCAAGAAACUCUGGAACCCUGCAACACAGGGAACUCGGAGGAGUAAGCUCAGCUUGACUUGUUUUCAUAUUUGUAUGACAGUUAUAUCUCAUGUGUAUUCUUUUUGGUACUAUUCAUCUCUAGGAUCUUUUUUGAAAAGGUGCCCUCCAGAGUAAGGCCGAGAUUCGUUAUUUGCUUAUUUGAAGCAGAGCAAUCAAGUCAAUAACUUUUGAUUGAUUUUGAUUCGCAAGUCGUAGCUUAUUUAUAAAACAGUCUAGUUGAGUGUAACCAAGUUAACAAAAUACAACAAAAAGGUUGUGAACAGGCGCGUACCCAGGAUUGGCUGAGGAGGGGUGCGCAGUCAUAGGAAUCAUUUAGAAAAAGCAUAGUAUUCGAAGAUUUCUUAAUAAGAAAUGACCCCCUUUUGGGCCACCAAGAAGGUGGGUGGGGGGGGGAUGCGUGCGCAUUCUGCGGAGGGAGCGAAUGUUCUUUGAGGGAACCCUUUAAAGCAUUCACGAAGGCUUGUAUUCUUUGAUAAUAAUAGCCAAGUUAAAUUUCACUUUGCUAAUUCCCGCUUAUUAAUCAAAUCCAGAUUAUUAGUAAAUAAUCACCAAAGUUAAUUCUUCUUAGAAUGUAAGAAAUCCAUUACUAUAACUUCAGAUUAAGAUACGGUUUUUCAUCA